UAAAAGAAAGAUUUUAACUUUAAACUAUAACACAAAUGCUGAGGUGCGCAGACUUAGGUGCCACCAGAGUACUUGUUUCCAGAUCUGUGCAAUCAGCAAGCAAUUAUGGACACAGAAAGAAAUAUUUUAUACCAGAACUACCUUUUAACCAAAAAUAUCUUUCGUUAAAUUAUUAAUUAAGGUUUUAUAAACAAUUUAGUAAUGGCUUAAAUUGAUUUGUAAAAUAUAUAUUUUUUAGUUUCUUUGAGAUGAUGGCACUCCACCAAAAUGUGAUGUAUUGUCAGAGUACACUGACACUGAGGUGGAAGAUCCUUCAAGAUAAAUGAAUGGGUCAAGUAUGUAUGACUGAUGCGAUCACCGCUCAAUACGUAAUCUUUCCUGCACCAUUUGUAGGAGGACUGCCACUCCCAGGACUGGUUUGUUCGCAACGGCACCAUUCCAAUCAUCUUGCCAAGUCGAAAGCAUAUAUUGGUUAAUAUGAUAUUUAAAAUCACUGUAGGGAAGACCAACACUGACAUGGAGCAAAUUCAAAGCAGAUUUGGCAGAAGAAUCUGCCUUUUGAUUGCCAUUAAUGCCAACAUGGCUCGGUACCCAACAAAAUAUAACAUUUUUAUUUGCAAUGGUGAAUAGAUAAAAAGACACACUUUUGUAUCAACAUCCCAACCAAGCAAUGUCCAACUUCAUGUAUUGAAAUGCCUGGAGACAUGAAAGUUAAAUCAAUGUUGGAAACUGAAAAAACAGCUUAAUGCAAAGACCAAAUGUUCGAAUGGCAUUCGACCUCGCAUCAAACAACUUCAUAUAUUAGUUAAGAGUCAUGGUGUGUGCUAUCCUGUCUGUUGGAUAGUACAUAUAAAAGAUCCCUUGCUACUAAAGGAGAUAUGUUGCAGGUUUCCUAAGACACAAAUGCAUUUACCCAUAUAUUCCUCUGUUUAUGAUUUAUGCAGGGUUUGCACAGGUGCUUGAAGUGCUUGAAAGUAAUUGAAUUUUGUUAAUUUAUUUUCAAGGCCUUGAAAACCUUGAAAAAUCAUAAUUUUUGAAAAAGUCUUUGAAAAGUCCUUGAAUUUUUUAUUUUUCCCUCCUGAGAAAAUAGGAAACGUGCCUUUUCUAGCUUUAGUGAAAAAUUUGAAUCGCUUCCGUGGGUUUAUUUACACGUGAAUCCAAAACUUCUUUGUCAUUCCGGGUGCGGGACGUAGCCCAGUGGUACAGUGCUCUUCAAGGCAGGCAUACCAGCAGCAUUUGAAAAGGGAGAACAAACAACAAAAGAACAGUGAUAGAAACUCUGUGAAACGUAAGAACUUGGAAGAAUUGACCAGGGAAAAGAAAUGAUUGUGUGCUGAUGUUCAGGCUCUUGAGGCCUCAUGUGAUGAUGUGGCUACUCAAGCUGAAAGAUCAAACAACAGGGAAUUUAUUGUCAAGUUUAACUUGUUUAGAAACGCUAUUAAGGAAAAACAAGCGAAGUUGGAAGGGGUUAAGGACUCCAUCCAGCAGACCAUGAAGGAGUGUCAGUGAACACUUGAAGCAGUGUAUAAUUAUUACUAGAAGCCAAUUUUUGAAAGCUGAACCGAAACAAUUUUAACCAGCUGAAAGACCAACCCAUUCUGUGAAAUGUUCCGCUUUGAUCACAGUUCCUUGUUGGACCAAGCAGACCAUCAGAUACCUAACAACAUCAUGUUCUCUCCACUCACUGGCUCCUCAGCAGACAGCACAACUCAACAAAAGACUCUUGAAGAAAUCCACCUCAAAGUGAUGAUUGUGAGAAAGUUUAUAGUCCAAGCACCAUCACCAUCACUCCAUGAAUUACAGCCAGCUGAAUCCCUAUUUUACAUCGAGGAGUCAAGACCUGUUUUGAUGAAACUUGGAGAGCGAGAAAUACACCAUGUGCCAGCAUCAAGGGAUCAGGACUUGACAUCAUUCUACAAGUAUGAAAUGAAAGUCAACUCGCACCUCUGUGAAAUGAUUCCUGUGACAGAAUCCAUCGGUUUAAGAUUCUGCAGCACUUCACCACUCUCUCGUUCACAUCAACUGGGACCGGACUCUGUAACUAUUGUUUCAGAGUUGGUGUCUCUUCUUCAGAAUGAUCUGUCAAAAGCUGCACAGAUUGGGGAGAACUCUACUUCAUGUUGCGAAAACCAAAUAGACAAGUCAGAAACAAACCCAAUGUGUGUGUCGAGAAGUACACAGACCAUUGGUGAAGAGUUUUCUGAUAACUCCAUCACUUUAACAGUGCCAGGUAGCAACAGCAUUACUUCAGUAACACCAAAUAACUGUGGCACUUCACUAGAGUCAAAUGGCUGCAUCUGUUCACCAGCACCAAAGUGCAACUCUUCCUUAGCACCAAAUAAUAUCUGCACUUCAGCACCAAGUAACUGUGUCAGUUCUCUAGUACAAAACAAUUGCACUUCACUAGCAUCAAAUAAUGACAGCAUAACUUCAGUAACUCCAAAUAAUUACAUCACUUCACCAGCACAUGAUAAUAACAGUAUCACUUCAAUAACAUCAAAUAACAACUGCACGACUUCACUGGCACCAAAUAAAUGUGUGACUUCAUUAAUGCCAAAUAUCAACUGCACAACAUCACUAGUACCAAUUGAUGAUCAGUAUUUUCAACCAACAUAUUUACCUUUUGCACCAUCACAACCUAGUAACAAAGUAUUAACAUCAUCUAGUUCUUUGUGUAAUACAAACAACAGUUCUAGAUGGUUAUCUGAUGAUAAGAAACAAGUUCAUGGAGAUGACAAAGUGAAUAAUCUACCAGAUGGUAAUGGUGAUGAUGAAGUUAAACGGAAAAAGAUGAACAAGAAGGAAGCCAUUAACAGUGAAAAGAGUGAUGAAGAAUUGAAUUCAGCAGCUCCGAGUGAUGCUGAACAUGACAAAACUGAGUUACAAGUUGUGAAAGUUGUCUCCAAUACGGACCCGUUCAAGAAGAAGGAUAUUUGCACUUCUCUCGUGUCAAGACAACUGCGAUCGGGAAAAUCCAGACACAAAGCAACAUGCAAGUGCAAAACAUGCAAACAGUUGGUCUGUUACGUAUCUGGACAAGUUAAAUCUUGUAAUCAUAGAUGCACAACAUGUGACAAGGUUUUCACAUCAGAAUCACUCUUACACAAGCAUCUUUCUGAGCAUGAAGUAUCCAGUAACCAUGACAACUAUAAUUGUGUUUGUGGACAAGUGUUCAGUAAUUACAGUGGUUUCAUGAACCAUGGCAAAAACUGUGACAUAUUAAGAAAGCAUGGGAAUAAUGAAGUUGAACAACAGACUGUGAUGUUGACCAGUAAAAAGUGUAAAAUGAAGCAUAACCUCCCUGUGAAAAAUCAUGCAGGCAUGCAUCAUAGCAAAAGUAGUAAAUACACAUGUUAUUUAUGUGAAAAUGUGUUUAGGACACAUAACGGUCUUGCUAGACACAGGCACACAACAUGCGAUCCUUUCUUAUGCAACAUAUGUGAUUUUAAAUGCAAAGAUGAGGAGUUAAUGAAAAAACAUUUAACAACACACACAGAAGCAAGUACAGGACAAACACUUAAGUGUGCUAAAUGUAGUAAAAUUUUCUUUUCAUCAUUCCAGCACCAAAACCACAGUUGUGGUAAAUAUACUGAUAGAUUGUACCAAGUUGGUGAACCUUGGAAAUGUCCGAAAUGUAAAAAGAGUUAUACAUCACAAAGUACAAUAUAUCGCCAUAAAGUCAAAGGAUGUCUUGGUGAAAAAUUGUACAAAUGUGAUACUUGUAAGAAAGGUUUUCAUACCCCACAGGCUGUGGAAGAACAUGUUACAAUACAUAAGAGUAUGGAUGAACAAGGACGUCAUUACUGUUCACUGUGCAAUAAAUCCUACAGUCGGCGUUCAGGCUAUCUCAAACACAAGAGAAAGGGGCUAUGCGAUAUUAACAGUGUCUUUCGCUGUGUGUACUGUCCGAAAGUGUUCAUGAAAGAAUCACGGCGGGAUUGGCACCAACGAAUGCACCCAGCGUCGGAAAACCAACAGACCCAUGUGUGUACAAAUUGUCACAAAGAAUAUUUCUCGGCUAAAUCUCUUCAGAAGCAUAUUCAAAGAAACACAUGCAAGAAGGCAUCGUCUUUCACAGAGAGACACGCAGAUCGGAAAUUUGUGUGUGAAGAGUGCGGUAAAGUUUAUGGGAGCAGUUCAGCCCUGUUUAAACACAAACAGAACCACAGAGGCUUUCGGCCGUAUGUUUGUAAGUUCUGUGGUAAGUCAUUCUGUCGGCCGUUCAUACUGGCGCAGCACACCAAAAUACACACGGGUGACAGACAGUGGUUGUGUUCGCGGUGUGGGAAGUCAUUUUACACCAAGUCUCACCUGAAGAGACAUCAGAUCUCACACGACAAGACUCAGAAUAAUGUAUGUGAGGUCUGCAACAAGCGCUAUGCAUACAAACAUGAUCUGAACAAACACAGGAAAACAGUCCAUGUUAACCGUGUUAAAGAGAGUGUGAAUUUAUUGUUCCCUCCCAGUGAUAUGGUUGAUGAGGUUGUUGCCAGUACGUUGAAUAUUCAGAAUGAACUGAUCACAUCCAGCAAUUUCAUGUAGUGUGUGUGUUACCAGUAUGUCAAAUAUUCAGAAUGAACUGAUCACAGCCAGCAAUUUCAUGUAGUGUGUGUGCUGCCAGUACGUUGAAUAUUCAGAAUGAACUGAUCACAUCCAGAAAUUUCAUGUAGUGUGUGUGUUGCCAUUUCGUCAAAUAUUCAGAAUGAACUGAUGACAUCCAGCAAUUUCAUGUAGUGUGUGUGUUGCCACUUCAUCAAAUAUUCAGAAUGAACUGAUGACAUCCAGCAAUUUCAUGUAGUGUGUGUGUUACCAGUACGUCAAAUAUUCAGAAUGAACUGAUCACAUCCAGCAAUUUCAUGUAGUGUGUGUGUUGCCAGUACGUCAAAUAUUCAGAAUGAACUGAUCACAUCCAGCAAUUUCAUGUAGUGUGUGUGUUCCACAUCGUCAAAUAUUCAGAAUGAACUGAUGACAUCCAGCAAUUUCAUGUAGUGUGUGUGUUACCAGUACGUCAAAUAUUCAGAAUGAACUGAUGACAUCCAGCAAUUUCAUGUAGUGUGUGUGUUCCACAUCGUCAAAUAUUCAGAAUGAACUGAUGACAUCCAGCAAUUUCAUAUAGUGUGCGUGUUCCACAUCGUCAAAUAUUCAGAAUGAACUGAUGACAUCCAGCAAUUUCAUGUAGUAUGUGGUUGAGUGCAUGAGUAUGUCAGGGGCAAAUCUAGAAAAUUGGGGGCUGGGGGAAGGGGGGAGACUAAAGAAAAAGAGCACAUGGACUAAAUUGGCAACCCAAAUAAAAACAACUUAAAAGAAAAAGAAAAAAAGUCACUUGCAUCUUUUGUUUUUGGGGGGGUGUGUGUGUGUUUUUCCAUGGUCGCCCUUUGAACCGCCUUUGUUUGUGUGUGUUGAAAUCUGCUUCACUGAAUCUAGUACAGGUAGGCCAGUAAAAUUAGACCUUUUGACUAGUUAUAUUGAGUGGCCCAUAAAACAAAUUUAUGAUGUAAUGUACCAGUAUUAAAAAUUAAAAUCUAAAAUAACU